ACGACAAGGGAGGCCAAGGCGGAAGUAGUUGAGGCGUGUGGGUGGAGCGAAGCACCGCUAUGUCGGCUUCCUUGCUGCGGCGGGGUUUGGAGCUUUUGGGGGUGCCUGAGGCCCCCAGGGACGCGCCAGGCCAAACCAAGCCGAGCAAGGCGCCGAUGAAGCGGACGCGGAAGGCGAAGGCGGCCCAGGCCCAGAAAUUGCGGAACUCGGCCAAGGGAAAGGUGCCCAAAUCGGCGCUGGCUGAGUACCAGAAGCGAGAGCGUCGAGGUUACCUUGGAGUAAACCUGAGGUUUAUGACUAGUGCAAGAAGCACAGUGGCCGAAUCCGUCACCCAGCAGAUUGUGCGCCAGGACCGGGGCCGCAAGGCCUGUGACCGGCCUGUGGGCAAGACUAAGAGGAAGAAGAAGGCCGAGGGCACCGUGUUCACCGAGGAAGACUUCCAGAAGUUCCAGCAGGAGUACUUCGGCAGUUAGGCUCCCGGGAGGGCACAGCCUCCUCGGACCUCUCAGCCUGGCUCAGGAAAGCCGUGGAGUGGAGCUGGUGAGCUGGAACCCCAGGGGAGGACCUUCGCUUAGACCCGAACUGACAUCUGCAGGCUCGGGAGGUGCCACCUGCCUGCUGGAAAGGAACACGUCAGACUGUUUUGUCUGCUUUGGCCAGGGAGGGCCUCGGGGCUGUUUGCUGUGGAGAGGCCUGGCUCUUGGGGACCACACCUCUGAUAGGACGAGGGCCGCUGGGUGGGCUUCCAGGUUCUAAUAAACGUGGCCCAGGGGCUGUGUGUGCUGCUCUAACAGGGUGUCUCCACCCUCCUCU